CCCGCACCGCGGUCACCGCCAGUUUCCUCUUCCUCACAAUAACAACAGCUGAGGCCGCGGCUAAAGAUGGCCACCGCGACAGUGGCGGGGCUCGAUGCCCACAGGAUGGAGGAAAAGAAGUUCGAAUACUUCUCCUCCAUCAACUCCAUGGCAAAUAAAAUAAUGCAGGAGAGGGAGAAAAUCAAAGCCAAGCACGGCUCGUCCUGGGAGAAAAUGACGACGCAGGAGCAGGACAGCGCCAUCGACAACUGGAUGAUGGAUCCCCACAUCCGAGCCCGAUACGCUAUGCACCGAGUUGAGCGUGAAGAAGUGGUCUGUUACCCCAAACUGCUCAUGCAGACGGGUCAGAAGAUAGUUCAUUUCGGGGAAGAGGAUAUUACCUGGCAAGAUGAGCAUUCUGCCCCCUUCUCAUGGGAAACCAAGAGUCAGUUGGACUUCAACUUGACAUCAGGCUCGGCAGACCAGGGGCUCUCUGCCUCGCAGGCAGACUCGAAGUCCGCAAAGGCUCUUCAUUCCAGCCAGCUCGGAACCAAGGUGUCUGUGAGCGAGGGCCGGAGGCCGGAGGAAGAGUCGUCUUUCUGGAAGAUCAGCGCUGAGAGGUCCAGGCUGGAAGGGGAGCAAGCUGACUUCCAGUCCCUGACACCAAGCCAGAUCAAGUCUCUUGAGAAAGGAGAGAAAUCCCUCCCCUCCUACCUCCGACAGGAGACAUCUGUCCCCUCCAAGGAGCCUGAGGCAACGGAUUCCCACCCUCCAGCUCCUACCAGGCCCACAAAACAGAGAGCACCCAAACCCCCUGCUCCACAGCCUCCCGUCCCCACUGCUGUUAGUGCAACACCAGCAUCCAUCUCCAUCUCGCCAAACCCCGCCCCACCUGUCAAAGUGUCCUCGACAGUGGCGGGAUGGGAGCGCUCUCAGAGCACCUUGCCAUCGGUCAGCAACACCGUGGAUGAAAUGUUCUCCUCCAGCAUGAUGUCAAAGCCCUCCAACAUCUCCCCCAGUGUGGAGAAGGAGAAGGAGAAGGAGGAGGAAGGUUCAGCCAACUUUGACAACAACCCCACCUUUUCCCAGUUCAACACAAGCAGCAGCAUCCUGAAGACCGGAUUCGACUUCCUAGACAACUGGUAAACCACAGCUGAGACCAGUCGCCGCUUUGAGUGAAUCAUCGUCUUCAUCACUCUAAAGAAGGACCACACUGCCAUGACUACAGACAUCCACAUCUAGAUUUAAAAAACACUAGUCUUUAAAAUGACCACGUUAUGUUCUUGUAAUUAUCUUCAGUUGCUUGUUAAGACAUUAUCUCACCGCCUGUGCGCUGGUGUUUUUUCCCCAACUAGAAGAGCUCCCUCUCCUCUCUAAGGUCGAAUAAUCUUAAAUGUUUUGCCAAAUGACGCCUGCCAACUAAAUAUGGAGUAAGCAGGGACUGAACCUCACAGAAUAUGCACACUGUUCCUCACUGUGCAUUCACACUGCGAUUAACUUGGUUCAAGGGGCUGCACAGUUCAGACAGAUUGGGGAACAAUGAUUUAUUAACUAUCAUCCCAGUUACACUUAGCACUUAAUGCACGUUGGGUACAUCAGAUAGCUGUUAAAUAUCCAAAAAGCUAAGCGUAAAUGCAAGCAAAAUCAUUUGAGACUGAUUGAACUUUGUCUGAAAUUCUAGCCAGAUCUCGAAAAGGUGUAAAUGUACCCAUGCGUGUGUUAGCUAGAUAGCUGUUGGGUAGCGGGCUAAGCUGUUACAGUUGUAACCAAAAUGCUGAGGUACGGAACGUAUUCUUCCUCUGGCAUUUUUUGAGGUUUCCAAAAAGCUUCAGGUUCAUUAAACCGUCUUUUUGGACCGGAGUGGGGCUGGCCCAAAUUUGAAUGUAGCCUGGAAUAACCAAGACAGACGCAAUCAGAAGCAUACAGUACAUGUACCUGAGUUUAAAGUAUAUUCAUUUGUAUCCAGAUUUGUAUACCGGAUAUGAGAUAUUAGCAGGGAAGUCAAGUGUAAACGGGGUCUAUGCUGCUGUCUAACUUUUCCCUGCUUAUGUUUUGCCUUUCAUAAUGGCACAGUGUUUUAUUAACAUAUCCACAAUAAUGAAGAACUAGAGGAAAAAAAAACAGGAAACCCUAAAUAACAUUACUUUAAAAACUAACCACCAAUCCCGGCUAUGGCUACAACUGUUCCUAAAGGAUAGUGUUUGUCAUCUUUGUUACACUGCAGUCUUUCUAAAAGUUUGUCAAGAAAUGGGAAGGCUUAAAGGCCUGUUACAAACCGCUAACCCAUUUUACACUUGCUAUUAAUAACUUAGGUACAUGAAAAACACAUUCUAACUGUCGGGGGAGUAAAAUACUAUGGAAAUCCAAUGGCCUUAAUUGGCUAAUCCCAGCAAACAGUUGAGCUGCGGCCUCAAUUUUUUUUAUACGUACAGUACACUAACCAUUGUACACAGUGGCCACAUAUGAUUUGGACUCUGGUAUACUGCUCAUCAUGUUGCUUGCAGUGUGAAUGCACAGUAAUGGUGUCAGUUAGCUGCCUUCACUUGGAACUUUUAGGCGCUAAUCUAGCAAGCAAGAACCAUUUUUAUACCACAAGCAUGUAAAAUUUUAAUCUGGGCAAACACUAAAACCCUCAAUCCAUUUUUACGUUUUUAUUUUGUGUCAUGAAGAUGUUGCUCUCUGAUGUGCUUUUAUUUAUACCUAUAUAUUCCUAGAAACCUAAGACGUUUAGAGUUAAAGUAGUGCUCAGUGCUGCAGUCCUGGCCCGUACAGUGCAAUUACUACAAUGUUCCCUACUGGUUACGGAAUUCCUGGAAUAUCAUGGAAGCUUGAAAGAUGCCGUUUGGAUGGAGAAAAUCAUGGAAUUUUACCAUCACACCACUGUACAGGAAUAGUGUGGAAUUCAUUCCCAGCUUUAACACGUUCAUUGAAUUAGAUGGUGGUUUUCGUCCUGACUGAAGUGGGAACAAAACUGUUGUUUUCUUUGACAUUAAGACAAUAGAAGCAGGAGGGAAGAGGAGCCAUGGAAGUGCUCAAACUUAGUCAUGGAAAACUCAUGGACUGUAUGUCCGGGCUGCCGUGGGAACCUGUUACAGAUGUCCUGUAUGGAUUUAGCUCCUUGACAACACUUCCUCACCAACUCAAUCCUCCCAGCUUUCACCCUAGACCUCAAACUAGUGCUGAGCAAAGCUAAUGUGCAUUUAUAAAGAAAGUAAGACACUUUCAGACAUUGUGUUUUAGGUAAAUGGGCAGGUAUGUAGUGAUUUGUAACACUUGUGUCACAGAGUUUACAUUACUAGAGUACUAUUUUACUGGAUUUUAUAUUUAUCCGCUGAUUGUAUCUUCUGCUAUACAUAUAUAUUGCACUCAUGCAUUUUGAAGUCACAGAUUUGAAAGGAAGUAAAUAAAUGAAAGUCAAACCUG